AUGAAUUUGGGCAACAGCCAGACCUGGACAGCCAUCGAGCCAUCGCUUGGAGCUAGAGCUAUAGUCACCGACUUCUUCGAAAUAAUCCAACACAGCACUAGGCUUAGGUCCCGGUUUAGCGCGUUUUGCUUCGCGCACGUUUUCCAUUUCGCGGGUUGUUAUUACAACAAGAGCCCCCUUUUCGAGAUCUUCCUCUCCGUGUCUGCCUCCAUCUUGAGCGCUACGUCCGCGUCCAGCUGCAUCUCGUGCAGCGAUUCCGGGGAGGGGGGGCAUCAGGAUGAAGUUGAAAUGGCCUACUCCGCCCACCUAGUGGUGGCGAAACGUUCG